GUACGUCCCCAUCAGUGACUCAUAUCACGAUCCCGAUCACGAUAUAUGGCGGUAUUGUCAUGAUUAGCAUGAUUAGAUAUGUGCUGUUCUCUCCCGGUGUUCUCUCAUUGUCGCGUUAUGUGUUAUUCAUAAACAACGUACUUCGUUGCUGAAUUACGUUUUGUACAAAGACGGAACGUCGCUGCUGUUCUAACCGCACCUUCGACAUGCAGUUAAGGAAUUAUUUCAUAAGAUAUCUUUCGGGAGAAGGAUUGGAUACAGAACCCUUUCGUCUACAACCAAGUCAAGGUGUAUGAGUAGGCCUAUCAUGUAGGUCCAUAGUGGUAUGGGUAUGAGCACGGUUUUCGUCGGAAGACUCAGUUAUACUGUACUCCACAUCUGCACAAAUGCAUUGGGAAAAGUGUUACUACACAGGCCCGGGAAACGACACUGGUUCACACGCUGCUGUACCGUGAGGCAGGGCCCGUAUAUCAAACAAAUUUCAACAAUCCGCGAAUUACUACAUUGACAUGUGUACAUGGAAAUUGCAAAGGGUAUUAGGGUAAUUGAUCAUGGAAUAGAAGACCUUUACCAGGAUGAAUAUCAAGAAGUUAUGUAAAACGAGUGAAAUAUAGCCUCCAGAGGGUGUUUAUAUACCUAAAUCACAUAUAUCAAAUAUAUAAGGAAGUUCGACACCAUGGUUCUAAUGUGGAAAAGGGAAGUCUUUGUGGUCAAACCACAUUAUCUAGAUGUUCCACAAGGAAUGUCUAAGGCGGCCAAAUAUCUCGAUAAUCUUAGAGCAAGUAUGGUUGAAGAAGAUACUGAGAACUUCUCUCCAUUACUAACGUCUUUAAGAAAUGGUCACCUUGAUGAAGUACGAAACCUAGUCAGUCAAGGGGCGAACGUGAAUCAGGGUGACGCCCGGGAUGAUGCUGAAGCUAGCUGGACGCCGUUAGUGAUCGCAGCAAAGACCGGCAGAGUGGAGCUGUUGAAAUUUCUCAUCGAUCAAGGGGCUGAUAUUAGAAAGUCUGUUAAAGGAUUGACUGCUUUGCACUUUGCCGCUUUCUUUGGUCAUCUUGAUGCUAUCAAAUAUCUGAUUAGUCAAGGGGCUGAGGUGAACGGGGAAGGCGAUACUGGAGCCACUGCAAUACAUACGGCUGUUAUAUAUGGCCAUCUUGAUGUCAUCAGAUAUCUUAUCCAUCAUGGAGCGAAGGUGAACAAAGGAGACAACAAUGGUGUGACUGCAUUACACACUGCUGCUUACAAUGGUCAUCUUGAUGUCACCAAAUAUCUGAUCGGUCAAGGGGCUGAUGUGAAUAAAGGAAAUGACAAUGGUUCGACUGCAUUACACGUUGCUGCAAUGAAUGGUCAUCUUGAUGUCACCAGAUAUUUAAUCCACCAGGAAGCCAAGGUGAACAAAGGAGAUAACAAUGGUGUGACUGCAUUACACUUUGCUGCAAGUAAUGGUCAUAUUGAUGUCACCAAGUGCCUGAUCAGUCAAGGAGCUGAAGUGAAUAACGAAGACAACAAUUGUUGGACUGCGUUGCACGUUGCUGCUGAGAAUGGUCAUCUUGAUAUCAUCAAAUAUCUUAUCAGUCAAGGAGCAGAUGUGAAGAAAGGAGAUAAAAAUGAUUGGACUGCAAUACAAAUUGCUGCCCAGAAUAGUCAUCUUGAUGUCAUCAAAUAUCUUAUCAGUCAAGGAGCUGACGUGAAUAAAGGAAAUGACAAAGACGUGACUAUAUUACAAAUUGCUGCUAAGAAUGGCUAUCUUGAGAUCACCAAAUAUCUGAUCAGUAAUGGGGCUGAAGUGAAUAAAGGAUAUAACGAUGGUAUGACUGUAUUACACUUUGCCGUUCUGAAUGGUCAUCUUGAUGUCGUGAAAUAUUUGAUCAGUCAAGGUGCUGAAGUGAAUAAAGAAGACAAUGAUGGCGUGACUGCAUUACACAUUACUGCUUUCUAUGGUCAUUUGGAUGUCAUCAAAUAUCUGAUCAGUCAAGGGGCUGAAGUGAAUAAAGGAGAUAACAAAUGUUGGACUGCAUUACACAUUGCUGCUCAGAAUGAUCAUCUUGAUGUCAUCAAAUAUCUGAUCAGUCAAGGGGCUGAGGUGAAUAAAGGAGAUAACAAAUGUUGGACUGCAUUACACAUUGCUGCUCAGAAUGAUCAUCUUGAUGUCAUCAAAUAUCUGAUCAGUCAAGGGGCUGAGGUGAAAAGGGAAAACAACAUUGGUGCGACGGCACUACACAUUGCUGCUCAGAAUGGUCAUCUUGACGUUACCACAUAUCUGAUCAGUCAAGGGGCUGAGGUGAAUAAAGGAGCUAACUAUGGUUCGAGUGUAUUACACAGUGCUGCUUACAGUGGCCAUCUUGAUGUCGUCAAAUAUCUGAUUAGUGAAGGGGCUGAGGUGAAUAAAGGAAAUGAAAACGAUGUGACUGCAUUAUACAUUGCUGCUGAGAAUGGUCAUCUUGACAUCACCAAAUAUCUGAUCAGUCAAGGGGCUGAGGUAAAAAGAGAAAAUAAUGGUGUGACUGCAUUGCACACUGCUGCUGAGAAUGGUCAUCUUGAUGUCAUCAGAUAUCUGAUCAGUCAAGGGGCUAGGGUGAAUAAAGGAGAUAGAAAUGGUGUGAGUGCAAUACACAGGGCUGCUAAGAAUGGUCAUAUUGAUGUUGUCGAAUAUCUGAUCAGUCAGGGGGCUAGGGUGAAUAAAAGAGAUAACAAUGGCGCGACAGCAUUACACACUACUGCUUUCUUUGGUCGUCUUGAUGUCAUAAAAUAUUUGAUCAGUCAAGGGGCUGAGGUUAAACAAGGAGAUGACAAUGGUUUGACUGCAUUACACAUUACUGCUAGCUUCGGCCAUCUUGAUGUAACCAAAUAUCUGAUCAGACAAGGGGCUGAAGUGAAUAAAGGAGAUAACAAUUGUUGGACUGCAUUACACAGGGCUGCUAAGAAUGGUCAUCUUGAUGUCAUCAUUUUUCUAAUCAGUCAAGGGGCCGAAGUGAAUAGAGGAGAUAGAAAUGGUUGGACUGCAUUACACUUGGCUGCUCAUGAUGGUCAUCUUGAAGUCAUUAAAUACCUGAUUAGUCAAGGGGCUGAGGUGAAAAAGGGAAACAACGUUGAUGCGACUGCAUUACACAUUGCUGCUCAGAACGGUCACCUUGAUGUCAUCAUAUACCUUAUCUGUCAAGGGGCUGGGGUGAAUAAAAGAGAUAACGAUGGUAGGACUGCAUUACACAUUGCUGCUAAGAAUGGUCAUCUUGAGGUCAUCAAAUGUCUUAUCAGUCAAGGGGCUGAGGUGAAUAAAGGAAAUGACAACGAUGUGACUGCAAUACAUGUUGCUGCUGAGAAUGGUCAUAUUGACAUCACCAAAUAUCUGAUCAGUCAAGGGGCUGAGGUGAAUAAAGGAGAUGACGAUGGUUUGAAUGCACUACACAGAGCUGCUUACAAUGGUAAUAUUGAUGUCAGCAAAUGUUUGAUUGGGCAAGGGGCUGAGGUGAUAACGGAAAACAACAUUGGUGCGACUGCAUUGCACAUUGCUGCUCAGAAUGGUCAUCUUGACGUUACCAAAUAUCUGAUCAGUGAAGGGGCUGAUGUGAAUAAAGGAGAUAUCAAUGGUAGGACUUCAUUACACUUGGCUGCUCAUAAUGAUCAUCUUGAUGUCAUUAAGUACCUGAUUAGUCAAGGGGCUGAGGUGAAGAGAGGAAAUAACAAUGGUGUAACUGCAUUACAUAUUGCUGCUUAUAAUGGUCGUCUUGAGGUCACCAAAUAUCUAAUCAGUCAAGGAGCCGAAGUGAACUCGAAGAAUGAAAACGGUUGGACUUCUUUAGACUUUGCUAUUUCCAAAAAUCAUAUUGAUGUCGUUCAAUUUCUUAUGGCUGAAGGUGCAAUUGUCCAUAUACUUCGUGAGCAGGGAGUCUUAUACGUGGUAAUUCCCUUGGUCAACACUGCAAGGCCUCUCAAUGCCACUUCGAAUACCGAGAUUUCAGACGAGUUAUACUAUGGAAACCUAUCACCGGAGAAGGCUUUGGUGUUCUAUCCCCCGGACAAUGGAGCAGAGACAGAUACGGAAGAUAAAUCAGGCAAACUACCUCUCCGCUAUGUCGAGGAUGAAGCGGUGAAAAAGAUGAUCUUGUCGAGGUAUUUUCUUCAUCAGUAAACCUUUAAGCUUCUGUUUUCUUAAUAUGCACAC